GCACGUGGUGUCGCUUGACUCGCUUCUGUUGAAGUUCAUGGUUGCGGUUGGAUCGAUACGCGAUGUUUUAUUAUUGCGAAAUAUUUUCAUUUAUGUUUUCAUAAAAUGAAUUCAAUUAAGGAUGAAAGGACAUUUUAAAAUUAUUCUUUAUUGUAAUUCAGUAUUACUUAACACUUAUUAUUUUGUCUAAAGAUGUCCAUUAACAAAUUCUACGGAUUGACUACCCAGCAAGCUUUUAAUGAACUUCAUUAUUCUAUUAAGAAGGAAUUGGAAAACUGUGAUUGUUAUCUACAUCAAUCUAGUUGGUUCUGCAGUUCCUGGUUUCGAGAAGCUUUUCACCAUGAUAGUGAACACUCAACAUUUCGUUGGACUAGUAUACUCUUAUUAACAGUUGAAGCUAUUGUAUUUAUGGUUUGCUAUGGAGUUGGAGGUACUAUGAGAAAAGCAUAUUUGCCAAUUGAAAGCUUUUUUUUAUUAUUUUUACUCCUGCUGAAUGUGAUUAUAGUUUGUUGGGAUAAUAUGUUGAGACAUAAGGAAAUGCAUAAUAAAGCAGAAACACUUUUAAAAUGCAUUGAAGAAUGUUCAAAAUAUGCUGAUGAAAGUCCUGAACAAUAUCCUCAUUUAUAUAUGCCUCAGUCACCCUGCAUAUCACUUCAGUGGACACAAAGAAAUGGAAAAAUUGUGAAUUUGCCAUGCCAUUUUCUAGUCAAAAACGAUAUCAUUAUUUUGAGGCCAGGUCAUUUUGCACCAGGAAGAUGCGCUGCAUUGAAGAGAUUUGCUCUUCAACAUGCUUUAAAACGUCCACCUACACUUUUUAAUCGAGAACGACAUAUGGUUGUGUCUUAUUACAUGGAAUGUAUCAUAAUUCCUAUUUUAGUGGUUUUGACCGUGUGUAUUGGGAUUUUUCAUUCUGUUUAUUUAGCACCAGAACAAUCAAGUUGGACUGAAUUAAUUGUCUUUCGUCCUGCUUUAACAAUCCUUCCACUUUUAUCUUUGGCAUUACCAUUUUGCUGGUUAUUAUUGAAUGUGUGUGGUAUGGCUCGACUUUUACUUUUAGUGCAACUUUACAAAGCUGAACAAAAACCCUUUGAUCCUUUUGAAGAAUUAGAAGAAAGUUCUACUAUUCCUAUUCAGACAGUUAAUUGGAAGGAUAUUAGAUAUUAUUUUACUGAUUUACUGUUUGGAAGAAAAGGGUUUUUGUGGCGCUCAGCCAAUGUAAUGCAAGUGCUUGGAAGUAUAACAGCAUUAUGUUGUGUCGAUAAGAAAGGUAUUUUAUCAUGGCCAAAUCCAACAGCUGAAAAAGUAUUUUUUUUAAAAUCUGCUCAUUGUAAAACUGAUUCUGAAGAUAAUGCAUAUUUCUCAACGCCAUCGAUUGAUAUGGAUGAAGCUAUUGUUCGAGAAGAUUUUAAAUCAGAAGAGAGAUAUCAUGAAUGUCAACACCAUCCAGAAAAAUUUGAAAAAAACAAAGAUUCUCAAGAUCAUAUUUAUCAUCCUGAAAGUCAAGUUGAAGUUCUGGAUCUUACUCAUAGCAUAAAUGGUCCAUUUGGACUUCAGUUUGAUGAACCUAAAUGGAAAAAGUACUUAUCUAAUUUGAAACCAUUGGGAUUAAGUAUUUUAUUAAAUACAUGUAAUCCAUCUAGUCAAGAGCAUUAUUCACAAUUCUGUGAUCAUAUUGCUUGUGAAUCUCUUCAUAACGAUGCUGCCGUUCCAGUAGUUAAUAAGAGAUGUCUUUGUGAACUUGCUAAAUUAAUAGGUUUUACUGACCAAGCUGUUGAUGGCUAUGAUUUUAAACAUCAUUUAGCUCUCUUCAGACAUGUUCGACCAGAAUUAAUUCAGAAAGGUCGCCUUGCAAGAUCACUCAACUUCCCAAGAUUAAAAAUGCCAUUUCCGACUAUGUCAUGUGCAGUAAUUAAAGACAUUCCAAGAGGUAAAUUAUUCAAUUUUUUCAAGGUAGUACACGAUGUGAGUGUACNUGCAGAUUUACUUUUAGAUGUAUGUAGUGAAUAUUGGGAUGGACAAGAUUUGUGCAGCUUAACAGAGUCAGAUAGGAAACGCAUUCUUGAUUUUUAUCAUCGUUCAAGUUUGACAGCCUAUUGCAUGGCAUUUGCUUAUGGACCAUUUGAAUUGUGUUCGGAUGAACAAUUUUUUGACAAAUAUAUGGAACUUUCAUCAGACAGUAGUCAUCUUUUUCAUUCUUCAAAAACUGGAUCUGUAAGGAAACGCAUUCUUGAUUUUUAUCAUCGUUCAAGUUUGACAGCCUAUUGCAUGGCAUUUGCUUAUGGACCAUUUGAAUUGUGUUCGGAUGAACAAUUUUUUGACAAAUAUAUGGAACUUUCAUCAGACAGUAGUCAUCUUUUUCAUUCUUCAAAAACUGGAUCUGUAAGAUCAUGGGACAGACAAUCUUUAGAAGGCAAAGGUAAAACUAUACUUAGUCGACAUUUAAGCACCGAUUCCAUCCUGUUAAAAACUCAUGAAGAUGAUGAUAGUUCUGCACAAAUUGAAAACUGCCUUCAACAGAUUGGUAAUGAAAUCUUUAUUGGAAUGGUAACCAUGCAAUAUCAAGCAUGUAGGGAUUUUGUGCAGUUAAUAGAACAGUUAGACAAAGCUUGUAUUCGAUUUGUUCAUUUUUCCAAAGAAAAUGAAUUGCGAAGCAGAGUUUUCUCAGAAAAAAUGGGACUGGAAUCUGGUUGGAAUUGCCAUAUUUCUCUGCUUGGUGAGGGAACAAGAACAGAAAAUGAUGGUUCAACAAAUCAGCAAACAUCAUCUCAAACAAAAUCUAAAAUUGCUGGAUUACAUUAUAAAAUAGCAUCAUCUGAGAAUGUGCAAGAAACUUCAAAUGAUUGCAUAGGUACUAAACCCGCUAGAUGUGUAAGUGCACCAAGUUUAAUAAACCUAGAUAUUACCACUGUAAAAUUUGAAGAUGAAAUUAGUAUGUAUUCAAAAAGUGAAGACUCAAUGUCUGAUACACAUUCAGCAACCUCUAGGGAUCAAAUGUUACCACAGUGCAUAUCAGAUCAUUCUCCCCGAUUAAUUAGUAGUGAUAUGACUAAUAAAAAACUGUUGACUCUUGAUAUGUCUCAUCAGUUGGAAGAUAAAUAUUCUCUUGAAGAUGAACCAGAAGGAAAUCUUUCACAUUCUCCAAGUCAUGUGACAGAAAGUACUGAACAAAGUGCACCAGUAACAUUUGAUAUGUCUAAUAGAGCUAAACUUCCAAAAGGCAUUGAAAAUAUUAGACCACAUAUAAAAAAUGUAGAUAAUGUUCCACUUUUGGUAUCACUUUUUACUGAUUGCACUCCCGAAACAACCAAAGAAAUGAUUUGUAUAAUGCAAGAAAAUGGUGAAGUUGUCUGUUGUAUGGGUAGCUCAGCUAAUUGUAGUAAUAUAGCAGUUUUUCUUCAAGCUGAUGCAAGUAUUGCUAUAGAACCAUUAUAUCCGCAACUGUGUAUGCAGCAACCUGUAUUUGACACCCCUUCCAUACCAGAUAAACCAAAGUUAAUAGAAUUAAGUCAACAAAUGAAUAGUUUACCAUGUGCUAUGACCUUUCACAGAGAAGAUCCUGUCAGCAUGUAUCAUUUAAUUAUGGAGGCUCGGCAUUUUUCUGGAAACAUGAGAACUUGCCUGCAAUUUAUGUUAUGUUGUUGUCUAAGCUUAACACUUCUACAAUUACUUUCUAUGUUACUAUUCUUGCCAUCACCUCUACCACCUGCUCAUAUAUUAUGGUUUAUAUGUCUCGAAAUCCCUCUGCUAAGUCUUUCCUUUCUUGGAAAUCCAGUAGAUUGCCAAGUUAUGACUAUUGCGACAGGAAAAAAUUUGGAAGUUGUGAGCAAAGAAACAAUCCUCGUCUUCAUUGGAUGCUACUGUGCAAAAUUUUGCCCUUCUGUAGUCGUAUCUAUUUCUUGUUUUGCGUGUAUGGUAGCACGUUUCUGUAAUCAGUCUAAUAAUUAUGCUCAGGCACCUUGUUGGAUAUUUCAAUAUUCAAAUGAUAAAUCAGAAGUAACAAAUAACUGGCCGUCUAGUCUAACUAUAUCUCAGAACAUUGUUGCAUUAUUUUUAAUAUUAUAUUUUGAAAUGAUAUCCAUGGGGUUUGUCCAACGUUCUUAUCUUAUAUGGAAGAGAAGUCCUUUAACAAACAAAUGCUGGUUAAUAGUUAUACCUAUAAUUUUAUUACUGCAAAUAGUUUUCAGUUUGAUAGAUGUAUCUCUUAAUUCAGAAAAUCUAGAAACAUGCAUUACAAUUCUUAAAGAUGUGCCUUGUUAUGUGUGGAUUAUUGGAUUUUUAUGGCCUCUAUUAUUAAUACCAAUAAAUAUCUUAGUUAAGCGUCAUGAAAUCAAAGUAAAUGUACGACAGCAGAAGAAAGCAAGAUUGGAAUUUGGAACCAAAUUAGGAAUGAAUUCUCCCUUUUAAAUAUAAAUCAAAAGCAUCCAAAUUUUUAUUUAUUGUGUCAUUAAUUAUCAUAGUAAUUUUAACAAAGAAAAUUUUCCUUUAAAUUAUAUAUAUAUUGUUUGUGUACAUAUGUAAAUACUGUAACUUAUAAUUCAUUCACAUUUUAAUACAUAAAUUUCUCCAGAUCAUUAUCUUUUGAUGAGGAUUUUCUAAUAAAAUUUUUGUAAUAUGUUUUGAAAAUAUUGUAAUUUAGUUAGAAUUAUGGAAUGUAUAGAAUUAAUUCAAAUUAUUUUUAGUUUCUGUAAUUUACGGAUUUUUAUUGCUUCAUUUUUAUUAUUUCCUCACAAACCAAGAAUUUUAUACAUUUUACCGACGGAUAAAACUACUUACAUUUUAACAACGGACGCAACCGAAGUCUUCCUCUCUCAUCAUUUAAGUCAAAUGCUGACUUUCACAAGCAAACAUAUUAUCAAUAGCUUUUAAACAAAGAAAGUUAUUGUUGUUAAAAUAUUUUUUAUAUGACUCUUUUCUGUAAAGUAUUUAGUUUGUCAAAUGAAAU